GGAGGCCCCGGGCUCUCUGGGCCGCGCCUGAGGCGGACACUACGGGGCCGGGGGGCGGCGGCGGCACUGGUGGCAGCGGCGGCGGGGGUGGGCGCCGCAGCUGGCCCGGGUGGAUGGAGUUGGAGGGGCGGGGUGCUGGCGGUGUGGCGGGGGGGCCGGCGGCAGGGCCCGGGCGGAGCCCCGGGGAGUCGGCGCUGCUGGACGGGUGGCUGCAGCGGGGCGUGGGCCGGGGGGCCGGCGGCGGGGAGGCCGGGGCCUGCAGGCCGCCGGUACGUCAAGAUCCGGACUCCGGCCCGGACUACGAGGCGCUGCCGGCUGGAGCCACUGUCACCACGCACAUGGUGGCAGGCGCCGUGGCAGGGAUCCUGGAGCACUGCGUGAUGUACCCCAUCGACUGCGUCAAGGUGAGACCUGCACUGGGCUUCGAACCAUACCUGGGGCUGACCCGACCCCUGGGUCUUGUCCGCAGCCAGGAUCCCGGCUGAGAGCCGGAGCCGACAUGGGUUCCUUCCUGGCUCCUGCCACUACCACAUGAUUCGAACCGACACUCCAUUCAAGCAAGGUCCCAGCUGGGAAUUGAUCCCAGUCAGGAACCAGGACCGAUUUCUAACCGUCAGUGAAAUCUGAAUCGGGACUCAGGAUCGAAAAUCUGUCAGCCAAAGCCCUGGACCCCACCUGGGACUAAACAGGAAUAGGGUGGGAUGGGGUAUCCCGAAGCUCAGACCCGGAUGCAGAGUCUACAGCCUGACCCAGCUGCCCGCUAUCGCAAUGUGUUGGAAGCCCUCUGGAGGAUUAUAAGAACGGAGGGCCUAUGGAGGCCCAUGAGGGGGCUGAACGUCACAGCAACAGGCGCAGGGCCUGCCCACGCCCUUUAUUUUGCCUGCUACGAAAAGUUAAAAAAGACAUUGAGUGAUGUAAUCCACCCUGGGGGCAAUAGCCAUAUUGCCAAUGGUGCGGCCGGGUGUGUGGCAACAUUACUUCAUGAUGCAGCCAUGAACCCUGCAGAAGUGGUCAAGCAGAGGAUGCAGAUGUACAACUCACCAUACCACCGGGUGACAGACUGUGUACGGGCAGUGUGGCAAAAUGAAGGGGCCGGGGCCUUCUACCGCAGCUACACCACCCAGCUGACCAUGAACGUUCCCUUCCAAGCCAUUCACUUCAUGACCUAUGAAUUCCUGCAGGAGCACUUUAACCCCCAGAGACGGUACAACCCAAGCUCCCAUGUCCUCUCUGGAGCUUGCGCAGGAGCUGUAGCUGCCGCAGCCACAACCCCACUGGACGUUUGCAAAACACUGCUCAACACCCAGGAGUCCUUGGCUUUGAACUCACACAUUACAGGACAUAUCACAGGCAUGGCUAGUGCCUUCAGGACGGUAUAUCAAGUAGGUGGGGUGACCGCCUACUUCCGAGGGGUGCAAGCUAGAGUAAUUUACCAGAUCCCCUCCACAGCCAUAGCGUGGUCUGUGUAUGAGUUCUUCAAAUACCUAAUCACUAAACGGCAAGAAGAGUGGAGGGCCGGCAAGUGAAGUAGCACUGAACGAAGCCAGGGGUUCAGAUGACACUGCUGCAUCCUGCUCACAUUCUCUGUCUCCUGGAAUGCUCCCGCCUCAAGUGGAGUUAGAAGGAAGGUAGAGGGGCUGUCCCCCAGGAUUUUGGUGUUUCGACUAACACCAGUUCCUGCCAACCUCUGUUGCCACCACCUUUCCUUCCAGGCCCUAAGCACGUGCAGCAAAGCACACCACAGCACCUUUGAUAACCUCUCUCCAUCCUGGGCCUGACGACCUGCUCUAGACUGUUAUAGAGGGAUAAGCAGCUCAUUCCCCUGGUUCCUAAUAAAAAGCCUUUAAAUUAAA